CUUGCCCCGGACGGGCGCGAGUUCUCGAGGGUCAGGCGGCGGCGGAGCGCCCGGCGAGCAACCGUCUGAGGCCGGGGCGUCUGCGAGAGUGAGCGCCGCUCGGCCUGUCACCAGCCCCAGGUUUUCGCAGAUUACUUGAUUGUAUUGGUAGGACUACAUUUCACUUUAACUGUUGGAAAUUUAACAUCCAAAUCGAGAUAUACUGACUCUUGGGAAAGCAAAAUGAGGCAUAAUCAGCUGUGUUGUGAGACACCACCUUCUGUUACUGUUCAUGUAAAAUCUGGGUCAAGUAGAUCACAUCAGCCUAAAAAACCUAUUAACCUGAAGCGUCCUAUUUUUAAAGAUAGUUGGCCAACAUCUGAAAAAAAUGUGCAGAAUAGCAACAAGUCUAAACGCCCCAAAGGACCCUGUCUAGUUAUACAGCGUCAGGAAAUGACUGCUUUCUUUAAAUUAUUUGAUGAUGAUUUAAUUCAAGAUUUCUUGUGGAUGGACUGCUGCUGUAAAAUUGCAGACAAGUAUCUUUUGGCUAUGACCUUUGUUUAUUUCAAGAGGGCUAAAUUUACUAUAAAUGAGCAUACCAGGAUAAAUUUCUUUAUUGCUCUGUAUCUGGCUAAUACAGUUGAGGAAGAUGAAGAAGAAUCCAAAUAUGAAAUUUUUCCAUGGGCUUUAGGGAAAAACUGGAGAAAAUUGUUCCCUAAUUUCUUAAAAUUAAGAGACCAACUCUGGGAUAGAAUUGACUAUAGGGCUAUUGUAAGCAGGCGAUGCUGUGAAGAGGUUAUGGCCAUUGCUCCAACCCAUUAUAUAUGGCAACGAGAACGCUCUGUGCAUCACAGUGGAGCUGUUAGAAACUACAACAGAGAUGAAGUUCAACUUCCCCGGGGACCUAGUGCCACACCGGUAGAUUGUUCACUCUGUGGUAAAAAAGGAAGAUAUGUUAGACUGGGAUUGUCUUCAUCAUCAUCUUUAUCCAGUGAUACAGUAGAGGUGAUGGAAAAACAUUCUCAGGAAUCACACAACUCAAUGAGCAAGAUAGUUGAUCCUUCUCAAGCUUAUAGCUAUCCUCAAGAAGCAUUAAAAAGCAUGAGAGGAGCAAGAGAAAGCAAAGCAAAAGGAUGUAAGGUCUGUAUUAAGAGCAAGGACUGUGGUUUACCAUUCUACCUCCCUAAAGUAGUGCCCUGAACACAGAAGGUAGUCUCAGCUAAAAUCAGCUCCCCAGCCCGAAAGGGCUCCUCCCUGGAAGCGGACCAGGGAGAGGAGCCGUGAUGUUCCGCCACCAGGGCGGGCAGCGAGGGACCCCCGGACGCCCGGUGUGCGGGAUCGGCCAGGGCCAGGUCUCCGCUCGAGUCCUCGCGCUCUCCAAGGGAUGGCUCCUCUCGAGGCGCCGGCGGUCGGAGGCUUUCCAGUGACGAAAGACACCUGGCCCCAAUGCCCCGGCCGCUCGGAGGGAGUGAUGGAGGCGACUCUGCGGCGGGAGCCUUCUUCGGCGCGGCCUCGCGCUCUCUCCGUCCAUCUCGCGCGUCUCUUUGCGAGGAGUCGCUACACCGGGACCGAGCUCUCUCGACGGGCUCCCGUCCAAGGUCGCGCAGGGACGGCCAGGGCGCGACCCCCGGCCGCCGCCUGAAGCGCCGCAGCCGGAGCAAGACUGGACCGCGGUGACCGGCCGACAACAUGCUGACUCGGGCCCGCGCCGUCCCACGGAAGUGACGUCGGGCCUGGCGAGGCCCCGCCUUUCGCCGCCCAGCGCGCGGGCGAGCUCGGGAGCGUCUCCGCGGGGAGAGCUCAGUGACUGCGCCUGCGUCCCGAGGGGCUGGAGGCCGAGCCGGGGGCGCGGGGCCGCCGAGUCCUCGCUCCGUGACCGUCCCAGGAGCGCGUCCCAAGCCCCCGGGGGCCAUUUUCUUCUUGGAAGUGUGGACAGUCUAAGGAGCAGUUGACCGUUGGCAAGUCUCCAACCGCCUCGCCGGGGACAGGCGGGUUAGGAGCGACAGAGCCCGUGAAAGCGCUAAAUUCUGUACCGGGGCCGGCGCUGUCGUGGUCAGGAACACGGGCGUCUCCGGGUCUCCCCCAGGGGGUGCAAGUAAAACGCCCCGAGUGGCGUUUGACAGGCGGCGGUUGAUCUGGCCACCCGCCGACCCGCGCUCCUUCCCCGCCUGGCGCUCCCCCCAGGCCCAGAGAUCGUAGUGGCAGGGUUCACUUUGUGCUUAUUAUUUAUUAAAAA